AUGAAUGCAUUUUCCAGUGAUGCCUCUUUUGAGAUCAUUUACAGGCCCAAAUAUCUAAACCUCAGCCUUCCAGAGGAAGGAGUGCUUUUGGUGGAUUACUUCACCGAGAAAUUUGGUGCAGAUAAGGCAAAAAAGUACAUGGAAGAGACACCAAAGUACAUGGCUAACUUGGUAUGUAAAUUUUGUCAGUUGGAAUUAUGGCUUGACUUGCUCGUUUUGUUUCCAAACUUUCAUCCUGUCAAUAUGGAAAAGUGCCUCAGCCGGUUGAUUCUGGUAAAAUGAGGCUUAAGGUGGCUCGAUACAGUUUUUCAGGGCCAAUACCUCCCAAGUUUGAGCAUAAACUAUGUUGCCAUAAACAAAGUUUUGGAAAAAUUGCCACCACAGUUGUAUUAGAUAAAGAUGAAAAUUUGUUAUGAUCAGGGUUGCAACGGCAUCGGAGUUGUCAUAGCAAAGAAAUGACACUAUUACCUAUUUUACUUGCAGCAGUAUAUCUCGGCACUGGGAACUGUUCUUCAAAAAUCAUUCACAGGAGCUUUUUCCUACAAUAGCAGCCUCGAUGUUCGUGAAGUUUAAGCGAAAUCUGUAAGAGCGUUAUCGAGAUAUUCUGGGAUAAAAAUUUUGUGGUUAGAAAUACGAUAAAAAAUGGACAAUCUUGGUGUUCGGCUGUUAUCUGUAGAAAACGAAGCGCUUUUGACAUGCAAUUUCACCUCAUAGUAGUUUCAAUCUUUUUAAAAGCGUGCCUGAAAGAUCAAGAGGAUAGCUUUAGCCGAUUGCUAGAAAGAAGGAUUUGAUUAGUAUGUAUCGAGGAGCUCUUGUUAGCGGUUUUUUUAACAUUUUGGUCUACUUUAUCAAAUUAGAGAAUAAUUUUUAAACCGCUCGAUAGAUUUUUUAAAAAAUUUAAGAUUCUUGAGAUUAACCUUCCUUUUAUAUGACCUUUUAGUUUCAAGAUUAUUGAUGUAUUGUAAGGCAGUAAAAUAAGGGUUACAAUUCGCUAAUAUUUCAGCAGAAAUUUUGUGUUUACAGUUGUGAGCCUCUCAUUAUUCAGGGUAUUGUGUCCAAGUUUCGUAUUUUUGUGCACAGCAAUAGCUAGCAUUUUUGCAUAUUUCAAAUGCAUUGCUAGUUACUGCUGUUCACGUGAAAAUGACGCUUGGAGACAAUGCCUUGAAUAAUUAGAGGCUUUCACUUGUAAUCACGAAACGUCUGAUAAAAAAGUAACGAAUUGUAACCCUUAUUUUUCUGCCUUACAAUAUAUCAAUAAUCUUGAAACUAAAAGGUCAUAUGAAAGGAAGGUUAAUCUCAAAAAUCUUAAAUUCUAAAAAAAUCUAUCGAGCGGUUUAAAAAUGAUUCCCUAAUUUGUUAAAGAAGACCCAAUGUUUACAAAACGGCUAAUAAGAGCGCCUCGAUACAUACUAAUCAAACCCUUCUUUCUAGCAAUCGGCUGGAGCUAUCUCCCAUGAUCUUUUGCACACACUUUUAAAAAGAUUGAAACUACUAUGAGGUGAAAUUGCAUGUCAAAAGUGCUUCAUUUUCUACAGAUAGUGGCCAAACAACAAUAUGGUCCAUUUUUUUACUGUGUUUCUAACAAUAAAAACUUUAUCCCAAAAUAUCUCGAUAACGCUCUUACAGAUUUCGCUUAAACUUCACGAACAUUGAGGCUGCUAUUGGAGGAAGAAGCUCCCAUGAAUGAUUUUCGAAGAACAGUUCCCAGUGCCGAAAUAUACUGCGGCAAGUAAAAUAGGUAAUAGUGUCAUUUCGUUGCUAUGACAACUCCGAUGCAGUUGCAACCCUGAUCAUAACAAAUUUUCAUCUUUAUCUAAUACAACUGUGGUGGCAAUUUUUCCAAAACUUUGUUUAUGGCAACGUUGUUUAUGCUCAGACUUGGGAGGUAUUGGCCCCGAAAAACUAUAUCGAGCCACCUUAAAUCCAGAAAUAAAAACAAUGGAUGUGGACCUUGUGGUCUUUGAAAAGACUGAUUGGUGGUUUUCUAGCGAAAACUACUGACACAAUUAAUAUUGUAACUGUGUAAUAAACAACUUCUAAGAGGAGAUGGGAGCAACAGUUAAAGUAAGAAGGUGGCAGAAAAACCCUUUUAACCCAUUUAUACUUCAGCUGCAUAUUACUGGAAGAACAUAAAGAUGCGAACCCCUCGAGAUCUAAAAUCUGGAGACCUUUUUUACUCUCUUGCAAUACCCUCCCCCCACACAUCAAUCACCCCCACCCUCGACAUAACCACAAUCUGAAUUGGUGCCCAAAUAAUAUGGGUGUGGCUUAGGACAUUAAAGUCUUAUAUGAAGUAUAUAUAGAACAUCAAAAUUCACUUACAAUGACUUACAUGACAAAAAAUGGACCUUUAGCAAUGACAAAAAUGACGGCAGUGAAAACGUUGCUAUUCUUUCAAACUUAAUCGCGUCUAUUUGGACUCGCUCAAUAUGUCAAAUGCACCUGAGACUUUUCCUGGACUUGAAUUCUUAAGGACUUUACCCAGGUUAUUUACCUAGUCAAGAGAAAAAUGAUAAAAGAAUAAUUGUUUUAUCAAAUUUUCUUUACUUAAAGUGGCAUUACUCCUUUUAAUAAGGAACUGUAUUGAGAUAAGUUUGGAGAUUUCAUUUGGAUAUGGACAUUGGUGCCUAAAGGGUUAAGAAAUUUUAGUUUUCAUUUGAGGGCAAAACUGGACUACUCAGAGUUGUAAACUUCUUAGCAUAAGAGGCAGAACCAACAAACUAAAUCUAUACAGUUGUAGAUGUACAAUGUACAUGUAUACGGUGCCACCUUUGGGAUUGAGCAGGAAGGCCUCUUAUCUGGCAGAGACUGGCCUCACCACUGAGCCAUGGUUGGUCUCCAAACUGAGGUGAAGUGUUGGAAAUUACAUAAAAUAUGAAAAAAAAAGCUACAUUUGAACCAAAUAUGGCUUUAACAGGUAGAAGCUUGAAAAUUGUAUUUUUAAAACCAUUCAUCAUCAUGGGCUCCUUGCUCUGUCAAAAUUUCUGAUUCAAUUAAUUAACAAUUCUUUCAGGGUAUUGAAUUCAAGCUCCCUAGGUACAAGGUUCCUCCAACAAAAGCAUACUGCCUGGUUGACUAUGCCACUUCAGUUGGUAAACAAGUCCAAACAGUUAAACAGCUGUAUAAGGCUUAUUAUGUUGAUGACAAGAGAAUUGACUCGGUGGAGACUCUAAGAGAAAUCGCCUUGAAGUGUGGCCUUGAUCCUGAAGAGGCAGCAAGGUAACUCCUCACAUAUACACCUUUUGCCCUCCAUCAUCCGGAAAUAAAUUUUAGUUAGUGUAAAAAUUUCAGUUGAUAUAUUAAAUGUGUAAUCAUUGAGAAAUAAUAAUUUAAACAAACAUCUUAAUUUUUGUGUGGUCAAUAAAGAUUUCUACAUACUAAAGAUAGGGACAUUCAAUAAUGGCAAUAAAUUUUCAACUUAAUUGAAAUGUUAUAAUCUCGAAUAAGCAUUCGAGAAAAAGAAGAAAGGUUAUUGCUUAGUUUACAAAUCGUUGAACGUAAACAAAAAUCAUAUAAAAGGGCCAUAGCAAAGGAAGGAUUAAACUUGGUUGUUGCACAAAGUUUGUGACCGAUAAAUGUGACCUGCAAUUAUCCCCUCACGAUGGCACUUAUGUCCAGGAUUGAACACACUAGCAAAAAUUGGCUAGCAAAUUGUUUUCGCGAUUUUGGCAAAAAAGGUUUGAAGGGAACUGCUAUCACAAAUGUAUAGAAAAAAUAGCAAAUAAAUCAAGAAUAACAAUUUCAACAAGGACUGCAAGCUGUAGCAAAAAUUUGUUGCAAUUUUUGCAAAAGAAUAUGUCUAAUAAAACCUGCUUACAGAAAUGUAAAGAGGUCUGCAAAAAUCGCAAAAGUAACAAGAAAUUUCAUUGCAACCAAAAAAUAUCCUGAUGAAUAUCGCAAGAAUAACGAGAAUGACAAACUAAGCAAAAGUUCAGACUUAUAAAGAAAAAUCAGGUAAAGAUCCCUUAAAACCUGUGGAAAAAAUUCUGAAUAGCUUUAAACCUUUUAUUAUUCUAUUCAAAAUUGACUCUUUUUUGUGCACCAUGAUACUAAUUCUUAAUAAAUAGAAUCAACAAAGUUAUGGAAAAAAUGCACGUGGAAUCAUGAAAGUUUUGUUUUGAUGUUAAUUUUUUAGGCACAUCUCAGACCCUUCUGUAACAGCGCUAGUGAAAGAAACAGACACAGAAGAACGAAAGGCUGGUCACACUUUUGUCCCCCACUAUGACAUCUGUAUAAAAGGGAAACGUUCAAAUCUAUUGUCUUUUGUCGGGCCCCAGACUGCUGAUACCUUCAAAGGCGCCUUUCAGCAGUUACUGGAAUAGCCUGGAAACUAAAUGAAUGUAACGUUAGCUGAGGAUAUCUAAAACUUCAGUUGAACUAAAUUCCCUGUAGCGACUACCCAAAAUGCUAAGAUUUAAAAUAUUAUAGACCUUUCCAGGAGUUUUUUUAUUCAUCGAUACUGCUGAAAUUAGUAAUCUUGCACAGUUUGAAAGUGUAAUAUGUUUGAAGCAAGCGAAGAUAUAACAAUAGUUCCGUAAAGUGGUGUUGGUUGUGGUGGUGGUGGUGUUUCUUGAGGUGUAGGGUCCCUCUAUGACAGAGGUUACAAAACUUGUUUGGUGAUAUAGAAGCUUAUAGAUGAAUCAGAAGUUCAAAAACGUGAUAUCGAGACAGUGUUUAUGUAAUGAUGACGUCGGGAAAACAUGAAUCCUGAUGUUUGAUGAAAUUGUAGGCAUGAACCUGUGUCAAUCACGUGUAGGAUGAGAAAACCGUGUUACGGUAGAGUCCAAUUUGUGUUAUGUUUACUACAAAAUAUUAAAAUGUAGAGAAUACUUCAUGGAAAGUGCUGGCGUGUGGUAUUUACGCACGAGUUGUUGACGUAUCAGAAAUCGAACGAGUGAGCGCAGCGAACGAGUAAGAUUUCUGAUACAAAAACAAAGAGUGCGUAAAUACCGUACAAAGCACUUUCCAUGUGGUAUUAUGUUUAUUAUAUACGUACUGAGACAUUCAUCAUUUUGGCGGCCUUAUUAUUUAAAAUCUUUCAAAAAUGCUAAAAUUUGCCGCUGCACACUUUCCGCAAAAUGACAACGAAAACGAUGUAUCAGCUUUUUAGUAAAAACGUUUGUUAAAAACAUAAAUGACGGUAAGGAUAUGAGGUAAUCCAAGAACUAUAAGUAAUCUUAACUGUUUGUUCUCAAUGCACAAUUGAAAAUGAGUGAAUUUAAGUAAAAUGGCCGGUUUCAAUAUAUUAGCUUAAGCUUAAAUGAAAGGCAAAGUAGCUCCGACAAAAAGCAGAACGAAAGCUUACGUCUCGUUCUGUUUUUCCGUUUCCGCUGUUGUUUCGCCGGCUCUCUACCGUUUUCUUUAUCGACAGUGAAACAAACCAAACUAUUCCACUCCAUUUCCGCAAUGUUUUUCACUUUUUUAGCGAGAAAAACUGUUUGAGUAAAACUUUUCUCGUUGAAUGUGUGCGAAGCGGCGCUGCAAGCUGCAAUAAAAGGCGGGAAUUUUGGCGCGAAACUCACACACCUCUGUGGCUUCUGAUUGGACGUAUCAUUUUCCUCACUCGUGAAAAAACAUCGUUCGCGAUUCUGAUUGGACGUAUCAUUUUUUUCACGUUUGAAAACCAUCGUUCGCUGCUCUGAUUGGCUAGAACUAAUUUGCGUACGAAAAUUUACGACAUAGCUUCUUGGUGAGUGUUUCUCAGUAUGUAUAUGAUAAAGACCUUUCCCGCAUUCCCGUAAACAAAGGCACUAACGCGAGGCUCGGGUGGACAAAAUACAACACUUCGCAUGAAAAUAGGCCAUUUACAGCAAACCAUUCACGUGGUACAAAACCGC